AUGGAGUGCGUGAACGUCUCCUCCGCCCUCAGGCUCGACUCCUGCGGCUCCGCCGGAUCCCUUCCACGCGGGGCCACCCUUGGUGACGCCCCCGUGCAAGUGAAGUGGCCCCUCGCCGGCGGCGGCGGCAGGGGCUUUUGGAAGUGUGGGAAAUGGCGGGGGAGGGGCGCGGUGGCGGCGGCGUCUUCAUCUCCGGCGGCCCCGGCGGCGCCGGUGGCGGAGGAGGAGGAUGUGGACCGCGUCGGGUCGUUGAGCCAGGUCUCAGGGGUUCUGGGGUGCCAGUGGGGUGAUGAAGGGAAGGGGAAGCUCGUGGACAUCCUCGCCAAGCACUUUGACGUCGUCGCUCGCUGCCAGGUACUCCUCGCCGUUCUUAUCGGCUCUCACUCCGACUGUUUCCUGCGUUCCCUCGAGUUUCCGUUCCCCCAAGAGAUAGACAGAUAGAGAGAGUGAGAGACCCUGUAGAAGACUUGUCUAUCCAACUUCUAGAGGAUCAACAGGGAGUGGGCAGCAUCCCCCUUCCCUUGUUUUACCUGCGUUUUUCUCUGCAGCCUCCCACAACCUACCCCGUGCUCUCUCAAGACGAUAACAUCCUGUCGAUUCUUCCAGAUCAUUUCUUAGGUUUUAGUUCAUUCAUCAGUGAUUUGUCUCCCCUGAUACCGUAGAAAAAAAGCUCUAUCAUUUCUUUUAUUCGAAUUAUGCUCAUGUUGGGCGUAAAUCGCAAACAGUGCUUAGAUGCUGAAGAAGAUAGAUCAUGGUGGAAAGGAUGGGGAAUCUUUAUUCCCAGCUUUUCUUCACUCUUCGCCACAAUCGGCUUUCCUCUCUUUCUCUCUCUCUCUCUCUCCCUCUCCCUCCCUCCGCUCUAUCCCCUCUUGGUUAUUCCUCAUUUAGAAAUAUUUUAAUUCGGUGCUGGAUUGCUGGUCUCAGCGUCAAGGCUAUUUAAUGCAAUCCUGCUAAUUGUGAAAUGCCUGAGGUAGAGGACGAUUCAGUGAAAGGUCCUGAGAGCUUCUUGAGUGGCUGAAUAAUUAUGUUGCACCUCAUCGAAGAACACCCAUUCUGAAAUUCUCCUUGCAGUUGAAAUAUUCUAAUUUGGGUGAUGUUCUAAUUUGGCUGGGGUUCGAAUGGGCCCAAAACUUUGUUCUAUCCUCACACAUCCGUCUGUCCUUCCUUCUCCAGCAACUGUUUUACCAUGCCCCUGUACUGCAUCUGCAGAAGAACAUAGUUUUUUUUUUUAAAAAAAAAAAUCUCCGUGCAAUUUGGGUUGAAAUAUUUAUAAUCAAAGAUUACAUCAUUUAUAAAAUUAUCAGAGCACCACGGGGCUAUUCCGAGCACAGAAAUCAUGCAUUCUUUCUACCAUGUUCAUGAAUUGCAUCUGGUCGAAGAACAUACUUAAAAAAAAAACAAGAAAUUUCCGUGUGUAACUUAGACUGAGAUCUUUCUAAUGAUAGAUUAGAUCAUUUUCUGUAAUUAGCAGAACACCAGGGGGCAGUUCUGAGCACAUUAAUCAUGUGUUCCUUCUACCAGGGCGGUGCAAAUGCAGGGCACACGAUCUAUAACUCGGAAGGGAAGAAGUUUGCCCUCCACCUGGUUCCAUCUGGGAUCCUCAACGAGCAGACCCUGUGUGUGAUCGGGAAUGGAGUGGUAGUCCACCUCCCUGGGCUGUUCAAGGAGAUCGACGACCUUGAGGCCAAUGGGGUCUCCUGCGAAGGCCGCAUCCUGGUCUCUGACCGCGCCCACCUGCUGUUCGAUUUCCAUCAGAGGGUUGACGGUCUCCGGGAGGUGGAGCUGGGAAACUCCUUCAUUGGCACGACAAAGAGGGGCAUCGGCCCCUGCUACUCGAGCAAGGUGAUCAGGAACGGGGUGCGUGUUGGAGAUCUGAGGCACAUGGACUCCUUUGCCUACAAACUGGAUACCCUCCUAAGGGAUGCGGCAGCCCGCUUCCCAGGGUUCAAUUACAGCUCCAGCAUGCUCCAGGAGGAGGUUGAGAGGUACAAGAGGUUCGCUGAGAGGUUGGAGCCCUUCAUUGCCGACACAGUCCACGUAAUCAACGACUGCAUCCUGAACCAGAAGAAGAUCCUCGUUGAAGGGGGCCAGGCCACCAUGCUGGACAUUGACUUCGGCACCUACCCCUUUGUGACCUCCUCAAGCCCCUCGGCAGGUGGAAUUUGUACUGGGCUCGGGCUUGCCCCCCGACGGCUCGGCGACCUCAUUGGGGUGGUAAGGGUGGAAGCAAGAUGAUUGCUUUUUUUUUUUUUUUUGCCUCUUGCCAUUUGGUUGGUCGGGUCACUCUGUUCUUCUUCUGUGGGCAGGUGAAGGCGUACACGACCAGAGUUGGUGAGGGCCCAUUACCGACAGAGAUCCUGGGGAAGGGGGGGGACCUCCUGAGGACGGCGGGAAUGGAGUUCGGGACGACCACUGGCCGCCCGCGGCGCUGCGGUUGGCUCGACGUGGUUGCCCUCAAGUACUGCUGCCAGAUCAAUGGGUUCUCAUCUCUCAACCUUACCAAGCUCGACGUCCUGUCAGAUCUUCAGGAGGUUAAGCUGGGCAUCUCCUACCACUUGAUUGAUGGUAAAAGGAUAGAGUCGUUCCCUUCGGAUCUGCAGACACUGGAGCAGCUGCAGGCAAGCCUUUUCUUUCUCCUGCACAGACUUUACAGCCGUUUACUUGAUGGUUCUUUAAGGAAUAUUGGCUAACUCCUUCCUAGGACAGUGAGUAGACGGUGAAUUGAAUUGCCGGGCAUUUGAAGGCUCCAUUCCCUUAUUCAGGCCGAAUAGGGGUUUCAUCUCCUAGCAAAGGAGGCUGAGAUUAUGAUCCGGUUCUAUAUUCUAGGACUUUCUGCUUCCAUUCUGAUAGGGAAAUUGAAUUCCAUGUGGAACCACCACCAUCCUCAUAAAUGCCUAGGUAGCUCUAAAAGUCAGCGCCCAUGUUGACCAUCCAAAGAUGGAGGUGUUUUCUAGAUGUCUUGCUAAGUAUUGAAAUUUCUGCAUCGAACCCUUUAAAUCAAUAGCAUUGAGGGUCUCGGUCUCCAACUCUGCUCAUCAUGGCGCUGAAUUUUGAUAUGAAUCUGAUUAUAUUGGAUCAUAAUAGUCUCCUAUUUUAUAUAUUUUUAUUUUUUUUAAUUAGCCCCAUUGCCGACAUUCAGCAUGUAUCCACCGUGUUGACAAAAAUAGAUGUAUAUAAGAAGGUAUUUUUGUAUCUCAUCUUUUCAUAUUGCUUUCCCAAUUACCUGUUUUGUCGUCUCCAAGUGGGGUGAAUCUGAUUUUUUAUCUCAGCAUGAUGAUUUUUGCGCAUUAUAUAACCUUUUAUUUAAGCUUGGCGCUAUUUUUUUUAUUUUGUAUUUCAUGUGUUUUUACCAUCAGCCCAUAAUGUGCAUGGUCUCUCCCUUUCUCUGGCGUUGACUAGUUAUCGAGUAAUUAUUAUUAUUAAUUGAGUUUUUAUAUUUGAGUAAUAUGUUUUAUAAUGUUCUUUCUUUGAGGAUAACAAUGAAGUUUACUAUUUACGAAAAAUGCUUGUGCUCUCUCUCUAUCUCGAUGGUUUUGAUCCGCAGUCCGACAAUUUUCAGCACUCGAGAAUGAUUGACCUCAGCUCGGUCAACUGACCUGUCCUCCUCCCCUGACCUUGCUUGCCCACGUUGUUCUCCAGGUUGACUAUGAGGAGCUGCCAGGCUGGCAGACCGACAUCUCCUCGGUGAGGUCCUACAAGGACCUCCCCCUGGCGGCCCGCCGCUACGUGGAGAGGAUAGAGGAGCUCGUCGGCGUGCCCAUCCACUACAUCGGCGUCGGCCCCGGAAGGGACGCGCUCAUUUACAAGUGA